AUGGCCAACCUCUUGGAUGUUAACGGGCUGGGCCCCAAACACACGGAAAAGGCGCCGCGACCAAGCAACAUGAAGAUCAUCCCCGCCGACGACGACGGGCCGGGGUUCGCUACCGCGGUCCCGAUGUGCCCCAUCACCUAUCGGCGGCAGCCAGCAUCGAAAGCCGGCAAGGUGAUCGACUCACCGGGCGUGCCUCAUGCGAAUUGCGCUCCCUCCAUGGACAAGCCUGAAGGCAGUGUUGAAUACACGGAGAAGUACAAGAACUAUACGGUAUUGCAGCAGCAUGUGCUGUUCUGGGACCGCAACAACGACGGCUUUAUCACUCCCGUCGAUGUUUGGGUCGGCUUCCGCGAUUUGGGCUUCAACCCCGCCGCAUGCCUGAUGGCCGCGACCGUCAUUCCGUUUGUCUUUUCCUACGGAACCAUCUUGCAGUACUCGUUCAUCCCGGAUCCGCUUUUCAGGCUCUACAUUGGGGGCUUGCACAAUGCCAAGGUAACAAUCCAAGCUAAUCGGAACCAUGGAGAGGCAUUUUGGGCUAAGAAGAUACUACAGCAUGGAUCUGACUCCGGAAUCUACGAUGGCGAGGGAAGGUUCAUCCCUCAGCGGUUUGAGGACAUUUUCGCAAGCCACAGCGCUCGGAAAGAUGAUACCCUAACGCUGGGCGAGGUGAUUGAGUUAAUGAGAAAGAGCCGAUGCGCAUUCGAUCCAUUUGGUUGGACAGUUUCGUUUUUCGAAUGGGCCACCACCUGGGUGCUCUUAGCCAAAGACGGUAGAGUUCACAAGGAGGAUCUUAGAAGGGUAUACGAUGGCUCGCUCUUUUGGGAAGUCCGGGACAAGAGGCACUCGGGUGAAGGAUGGAACCAAGGCUGGGGAAUUGGAGGGGAUGGGUUUUUCGGAUACCGACGUAGGUUCAAGCUAUGA